UAUACACCAAUAAUGGCGCCUCAUUCAUGCAGUCCGUGGAAUUCUCUAUCACACCUGUUGCCGCGGUUGCAUUCGAUAAAGUUAUAAAUUAUUGAAAACUUGUUAAUACAAGUUUGGUCAAUUUCAUUGUUACACUUCUGCCAAUCAAUGGCAACCAUAUUGAGGCUAUCUUUGUUGUGGUCCUAGGCCGCCAUCGCUUCCUCCCUCUUUCUUAGGAAUAGAAACUGAAAGCCUAUAAAUCAUUACGAGAAACUAUUCGAUAUUUAUCAAUGCAAGUGUUUGGGUUCUUGGUGUCUACGAGUCUAGGUAUUUAGUUCCAAGUCGCAUCCACUUGGGGAAAAGCGAGAGAAGAGAUUUUUGUGUUAAACCAAUUUCCAAGAAGUCUUACACCUUUUUUAAUUUGACUCAGGCGCGCGCACGCAAAUACAUUCAAAAUGUCAGUUUUUAAUCCACCAAUCAGACCAAAUGGACAAGGGAGGUCAGCUGCUUCUAACGUUUACUCUCAACACCGUCACAAUUCCCCGUCUAGCCUUCACCGUUUUCUAGACAGAAAUUGUGUCACCCCAACACGUUUUUCAUCGCAGGAUGCUCGCUCGGACCUACGGGGCCCUCAGUCACCACAUCGUGGUCAUAAUAGAAGCCCCUGUACACCUGAACGUCACCCAUACGAUUAUAAGGAAGGAGGAAAUCAAUAUGUCACUGAUCCAAUAAGAAACAAAAACAUAGCAGAUCAAUAUCUUGAUAGUUACCAAGAAACCAGGAGUCCCAACAACAUGGCUGUGAGUCUGGCUGCCAGAAAUAACUCUCUUACGUACGAUGUUGUUCAGACAGACUUGUAUCGGGAGUCUGGUUUAGAGAGAAACAGACAUGAAGGUAAUGCUGCAAUGCUGGAAGAGUGCUCAGCGAGGUGUACGCCUACUUUUAGAGGUCAUCACCAUGACGACCAGCCGCACCGAUUCAAUCAGAAUAACCGGGGCCGACAACUAGCUAGGCCGAGAGUUUUAGAAGGAAAUCUCAGCGCUUCUUCAGCAGAUAGUUACGUGAGUGGAGGAAGCUGCGAUUCGUCUCCAAGACGAUUUAGGGGUAGAAGAAGAAACUACGGUGGAAUACGACGAUGGAAUAAUGAAGGUGUAUACCCGCUGGUCAAAUCUCCAAGUGAUUCCGACCUUGCCAGCAGCGUCCAGUAUUGCAACUCGUUUAAGCAGAACCAAAGGUUUCACCAGAGCAGACGUGAAGGCACAGGUAGAUAUAGAUGCUCCUCGUCCGGAGCUCAGUUCCCUCAAACCAGUUUCGAUAUUCAAAUACUGAAAUCGUUUGAAAGUUAUCGCCAGUUAGAAGACGCUGUAUAUCAACAUUUUGGUCGUUAUAAAAGUAUCGGAAUGACAGUUGACCAAAACUCAAUAGUGCGACGUGAAGGACGAGGAUUUUGCAGUGGGUUUGUCCACACAGAUGUUCAGCCAAUAGCUGAAGGAAUCGUUCAAAACUUGUGUAGUCGAAUGAAAGACAGUCUGAAAGUUGAUGUGCAGUAUCGAUUAUCUUGAGGUGGGGAAUUCUCUCGAAUAGUAACUUUUGUAGUUACCGCGUCAUACAUAACACCAAGAACCGGCUUUGAUUGAUUCGUAACCUGACCAUUGCCAUUCGCGAAAGAAAAGCAAGCUUUCUAUCAAACCUUUGUAUUUUAUUUUCGGUAUUUCCCCAAAAGGCCGCAGUCUAUAAAUAAAGUAUAAAUCGGACUUCCUGUGUUUUAUUUUUUUUUUCCUAAAUGUACGUUGUGGGCCGGGAGAGGGUAUGGGAGAAUAAGUAAAAAUGAUACUAGAAUUCACGGGCCCAAAGCAUGUGUGCGUUUAUGUGCAGGGAGUGCGUUAUGAAGCUGGUCUUUCCAAAUCAAGUCAAAAGUCUAUGUCGGAGCUAUUACAAUUCCCAGUUGUUGUUUUUUAAUGGAGGUUCCAGAGAGCGAAAAAGAUAGAGAGGGAGAGAGAACGAGUCGUACAAUUUCAGUGUCACAGAUACACACACAUUCACGGGCUAAAACGUAGGUUACGGGGAUAGUUUAUUAAAAUAUAAAAAAAAAAAGAAAGAAAAGACGCGGUUGUUCCGUCCAUAUAAAACAGUUUAAAGCCUGGGAACAAAUCAACGGGGGUAGCUGGUGUGUACUGAUAGUAAUAAUAUAAAUAACAAAGACUCAAAUAUUUGUGUCUAACCCUCACAUCAAACUUGUGUACAGUCCACGUUAUUUCAUUUCGUACAACGCUUGUACUCAACACCUUUUUUUUUUUUAAUUUGUGCAACCUUCACUGCGUCAUAUUCAUGCCAACUAAAAACAAGGAACUCCUCGAGGUGAAUUAGAACUUAGUGAAUACAACUGUAAUCCAAUGAUACCACACCAUGCAUAUAGAUGACGCUACUUGGGGUUAUUACAUAUAUUUAUGUAAUUUAUUUUUAUCAUUUAUAGCCUCAGAUCUGUGCAUGAAAUUGUCGUGAAUUUGUUUAUAUCGAUUGUCGCCCCUAGUGUUUGUUUAUAGUUGUGAACUCACGUGAAGUCGAUUGUGUACUAUCUUCCUGUGUCUUGACCUUUACCAUGUGUGUAGUUAUUUUCGUCAUUCAUUGUAAUAAAGCUUUAGAUGUUGACACAGUCUUUGUUAUAUUAAAGUACGACAGAAAUAAUGUAUAUGUCAGUGUUUAGUAUGUCACUGUUUUAAAAUAGUAGUAGAAAUAUUUACAUACAUCUUCCUUCUAUUCUUUACAAACAUGGUAAUAGAUCUAGAUCUUUCUUUCUCUUCUGAUUGACGAUACCAUCGUUGAUUUGACCCCAUAAAAUUAACUUAAUUUUUUGGGUUCAUAAACUUUAAUUAACUUCAUUAACUUUGGUGUUAUAUAAAAAGGGCAUGCAUUUAUCUAUACCACUUAUAACAUUUUCUGAUUUAAAAAAAAAAAGUGUCAUUGAAGUUUUACCCUAACAGGCUAGUUAAAUACAAAUGGGAAAAAUGAAUAUUCCUUCUGAACAUGGAAAAUAAUUACGGAGAGAUAGAGUUAAUCAUGGAGGUAGUACUUUGAAACUUUGUUUUUUUUUUCAUUUUGUGUAGCACUAUUUCUAAAUUUUUUUAGCACUAACUUUUUGUACUUUUUUUUGUGUGAAAAUAUCUUGUACACCAUAGACCUAUAUAUUAUACUAGACUGGAAACCGGAAAUGAAUUCUUAUCCGCAAUUGAUCGAUUCACAGACAAAUAUUUAUAUUUUUUUUAUAUACGUAAACUCUUUUUUUAAGCUCUAAGGGGAGUCGCCCCAAUCAAUCUUUUCUGUCUUAGAAAAGUAAUGAUCUUUAGUUUUCAAAGUUUAGAAAUAAUGCAAAAUCAUUUCUGGGAUAUUCAUGCAAAUAUAUGAAACAAAGUCAUUUCGUGUUUGUUUCCAUUGAGAUAAUGUUUCGAAAAUCCUUGAUCGAAAUAAUUCAUGUUGUUUUAAAUCAUCUUAUGUACAUUUAAACAGAUUUCUUCUUCUUCUUCAUCGUUCUCAUUGUUAUGUUGGAGUGUUCAUAUGACUAGACCAAUACAUGAGAUGAACUGCGCAGUGGUUUCCAAAUCAGGGAGCUCUCCAUAUAGUUUUCUUUCUAUUGGGGUGAUUUGGGGCCAAUGUCUUAUACGGGCCUCUUGGUAGAGAGAGCAGUUUUGGAGGACGUGGUCGGCAUUUUCUGGUGAUACUCCACAUGGGCAGAUUUCACUGUUUCCAAUUUUGAGCUUCCGGAACAUGUGUUGUCGCAUUCUGUUGUGUCCGGUCCUGAGUCGAAAGAUUAGACGUUGGUCUUGUCGGGAUAGCUUAUAGUAAGCGUCAUCUUUCUUGUGAUUUGGAUGAGAGCUCGUCCAUUUCUCAUUUAUUUUAUGUACAAUUAAUUUCUUCAUUUCUUCUGGAUAGAGUGCAGAGUUUACUUGUGAGUUUAGCCUUGGCUGGCUAUACCCACCUAGGAGAAGGAAAACUCUGAAUUCAAACCUCUGUUGCCUUUCUAGAUUAUGUAACAGUAACUAAAUAAUAAUAAUUAUGAGACCAGAGUACUCUUAUUUUUUUAUGUUCAAUUACUAGAUCUAAAGAUUAAAUUAUAUGUUACAUAGGUUAGGGUUGAAAAAAAAAACUUUACUUCUUUUACCUACUUUGCAAAACAACACAUUGAUCCAACUUUCUAAACAAAUUUCACAUUUUUUGUAGUGUUAAAAAAAUCUCAAUGUCCAGUCUAGAGUAGUAUAUAUACGUCUAUGUUGUACACUUUUAAGACAAUAUUAAUUUUUUUUCUAUUUUUAUUUGGCAAUAUUUUUUAACUACGUUUUAAAAUAGCAAUAAUUCUUUUAUACUUUUUAAAUUGUCAAUAUAUACUUUUAUUGGCAAUGUGUUUGUUUAUGCUACUAACAAUGUAUGCUAAUAGUUAAUGACUUAUCUAUGUAAUAACUUAUUAAAAAUUGUUCCAGGGUGUAAAUCCGCAUGAAAUAUUUGAAUUGUGAUUAUCCAAGUUGUUUUAACUCUAUAAAGUUGUGUUAGUCCUAUAUCAAUAUGUCAAUAUGGCACCUAGCUUUCAUUUUCAAAUCUUUGUCUUUUUGGCCUGACAUAUAUAGAUCUAGGAUUGUCACAA